UCUUUUUCUUUCUUUUCUACUUUUUCUAAAGUUGUUACCUUCUCAAUAAAAAAAAAAAAAAGUACGAGCCAUUAUUCCUUUCAUUGACGCACCAGAUACAAUUAUAUACAAUGGGCGUAUUGGGAGAAGCAGCACAAAUGAACUUUAAUGGUGGCAUUAUCUUUGUCAGUUAUCUUAUUUCUGUUGCAGGUGCAUUAACAACACUUGAAUUGUUGACAAGAAGAACACAUAUUCGUGGCUUAUACAAUUGGUUUCUGUUGGCAGCAGCAGCAUUUACCAUGGGUGCAGUGGCUAUUUGGUCAAUGCAUUUUAUUGGUAAUAACAGUAUGACACUCAUUCUCGGCGAUGAUCACUACCAACUAUCUUAUCAAGCAGGCUAUACAUUUGGUAGCUUGGUUGUUUCUAUUGCCUGCAUGUUCUUUGCUUUUACGUUUGUCGGUAUCUCGGAAGAAGCUAAGAUUGCAAGAAUUAUUCCUAGUGGCGUGUUUGCGGGGCUUGGCAUAGUCUGUAUGCACUAUAUGGGACAAUUUGCCAUUGAUUAUUUCAUCGCCGUGUACAAAGUGGGCUAUGUGAUUGGUGCUAUUCUUAUUGCCUGCAUUGCUGCUACUGUGGCAUUGUACAUCUUUUUCAAAUUGCGUGAACAGUGGAUGAAUCAAUGGUGGAAACGCCUUGGUUGUGCCAUGCUAUUGGCUAUUGCUGUUUGUGGUAUGCAUUACACUGCCCUUGUGGGAACCAUUUUUUAUAAGCCCAAAUACGAUGGAACUGUUCCUAUUCCCAAACUCCAGACACCCGCUUUAAUUGGUAUCAUUUCAGCUAUUAUUGUUUCUGCCUGCAUUGGUCUGUUGUACAUCAGUAUCAAGGCCAACAUUCAGAAUCUGCCGAUGUACACAAAAAACACUAACAAAAGACUCAUUUUAGAUGCCGUCAUUUUUGACCCUCUUGGCCAUUUACUUGUCAAGACCGACGGUACCUUGCCAAUGACAGAAAUUGCUCAUAAUUUAGAACUUAAUGAAACAAAACAAGUUUUCUCUACCAAUCAUCCCUUGUUUCUUCGAUUGCUCGAAACCUCUAUUCACAAAGCAUCGCUUCGAUUCAGCCACGAUACUCGUCCUUCUGGACUAUCUACUGCAUCUACGACAGACGUAUACGACACCAUCAAUUACCAAUUUAUUGACAGUUGUCGUGAAUUAAGAAAUGAACUUCGCUUCUCUGAUUAUGGUGAUCUCGGUAUCUUGAGUGACAUUGUUGUGACCACUGACACUAUUUCCAAAGUCAACAUCUUUUCUAAAAGCCCAGGACUCUUCAAGACGUUUUCAAGCAACAGUGGCUCUAAUACAAUAGGCUUAACAAACCAAUUCUUGGCCGAAAACAACAUGUCAGAAGGUGAUUUAAAAAAUAAACAGUCGCCUCUGUCUGAAGAUGAUGAACCUGCUUUACGUACAGAUAAAAAGAAGUCUAGAAAAUCAAUGCUUUGGACACGCACCAAGUCUCUUACAGAAGACGAAGAAACAGUCAUUGGAAGCCCAACUUCCCCUGGAAAACGCUCUUCUGGUAGUACCACCAUUAUUGGCGAUCGCCCCUCUUCUUCUGAAGCCUCACAACCAGAUGAUACUAAAUUAGCCCAUGACCGUCUAUCUGUUGAAGAUUCUGAUGGUGAAGACAAACACAUCUUUAUGGUACGCAAACUCGUCAACGAAGAUGAAGUGACACGCUUAUUAUCUCAAGGUUAUCGAUUUGCUGAGCCUGUUUUUAUUGCCAAGACCAUGGCUGCCAAAUUGAGAAUUCCAGCCGACCAUAUGCGUCAAUACUUUAUAGAUAUGUUACAAAUGGCAGAUUCUUUGUGCGCCUUGACGCAUCAAGACUGGGUUCCUUCUACAAUCGAACCUGCUCCUAACCCUACCGAAUUCAAGGGCUCUACUCAAGGUUCUGUUUAUGUUGGUGCUUUUGUCUUGAUUGACGAAACCAAAGAAUUGAACGAUAUGCAAAUCUUGGUCGAUAAGUCCAGACGAUUUGCUUUCCCUAUGGUUCAACUCAAGAUGGAACAACUCGUCCCUGUCAAAUUAGAGCCUCAGCAAGUGGAUUUCCUAAAUAGCCUUCAUGGUCAGUCCUUGUUUGACAUGGCUCAUCUUCAUCAACAAGUUGCCCUCAAGAAACAACAAGGAGAAGACUUAUCGUUAAUCACAGAAGGUUUUAUUCGUAGUAUUCAAAAUGCAGCUCGACAACUCUUGGAGGCUACUUCUUAUAGCAAAGCUCUCUAUCAAACAUCCAAGCUGCAUACAGCUGUAUUGGACUUGCCUCCCUUUGCAUUGACAACAGGACCUUGUCAAUUGAUUGUAUUUAAAUCGUUCAUUAAUACGCCUGGUGCUAUUACUGCUGUCAAUCACACUUUCUCUGAGCGCAUGAAAUGUCUUCCAUUAGAGGCUUACAAGGCCAUGUGUACCUAUAUUACAGAUCAAGCAGCCAACAUCUAUCAAGCAAGUUUUCAAGCUCAAGCCUCUCCUUCUUUUAUGAUUCAACAACAAAUGUACAGUCAACAACAACAACAACAACAACAACAACAACAACAACAAAUUGCCUAUGGCGAUGAUAAAAAAGAGUCCGAUUUCCCCAUGAGCACAUUUAGAGAACAAAUGGACUCGGCUUCUCUUGAACCUGUUUCACCUAUUAAGGCUGAUGCAUUUUCUUUACCUCCUCCUCCUCGAGCCAAACGCAAUCGAUACAAGGCUCGUGAUUCCCUAACGGCCUUGAGCGAUAACAUCCAAGAGGAGAAACAAACUAAAAAAGGUUUGCAGAUCUUGAGACCUACACCUUUGACUGUAUUGGCCUCACAUGAUAGAUUUUGGUGGAUUGACCCUGUUGUUGAAGAAACAAUCCAUAGUAAUAUGGAUUAACAAUGUAUAUAAAACUUUAUCUUAUAGAUAUACCUCAUUUAUGCCCUGUUCCUUAAUAUAAUAGUAAUAAAC